AUGCAGCCUGUCCGGGUGGCGUGGGCGCUCGCGGCAGCAGCUGCUGCCCUUUCCCUUCUGGCGUUGUUUCAGGCACGUUUUCUACGAGAAGGUCAGUUGGUGGCUGGCACAUGUGAAAUCAUCACCCUUGACCGGGACAGCAGUCAGCCGAGGAGGACCAUUGCCCGGCAGACAGCCAGGUGUGCCUGCAGGAAGGGCCAGAUUGCCGGCACAACCAGAGCCAGUCCAGCAUGUGUAGACGCUCAUAUUGUGAGGAGCAGGCAGUGGUGUGAGAUGAUGCCAUGUUUGGAUGAUGAGGGCUGUGACUUAUUAGUAAACAGAUCAGGCUGGAGAUGUGCACAGCCUGGAGGCAGAGUGAAAACUACCACAGUAUCCUGACAUCAACUGGAGUCAAUGCUUCUGAAAGAGGCUGCUGGGUGCAGGAGCUCCUCUCCAUCCUCCAUGGCCACAGAUAUCAUCUCUAUCUGAUAGUCUGUCCUUCCGUCCAUUGACAGGAUAAAUGGAAGAAACUACAGAUCUGCCCCUGGUGCUUCUGUGGAUGGUCUGAUGGAUCCCACAACUAAUGGGAGAUGCACAGAAACUGGCUUCAUGUGUGACAAUCUCAGAAACAUAUAGAUGGAUACUGCUGGACUGGACAGGAUGUGGAUUUGUUGAGGAAGACUGUUGGAGUUUUGUUUCAAGCUCCAUUGAUAUCUGAUAUUUUUUUCACAGACCAAAGAAAAACUGAUUGGACAGUAACCUCUAUGUGGAAAGAUUUUGAGACAUGAGCUGUUAAUGACAAGAAUCAAUGCACAAAAAAACUAAACACAAAUAUAUAAAUACAGACAUACCUGCAUAUCCACAUACACGUGAUCAUUGAGCACAGAGAUGAUUAUGAGCAUUUGUGAAAGCUUUGAAUUCUCUGUGUAACUUUUUGGGAUUCUUCAGUUGGUCCCGUUGCUGUAUCACGAACAUAAAACAGCUAUUUUUGGAAGGCGCAACAAGCACGAUUGAUGACAGGUCAAAAGGAACUUUGACAAAA